UUCAACGAUGAACAAGGCAUUCCAGCGUCGACCUAUUUCUCAUCUAAGAUGGCUCCAUUUCAAAGAAACACUGACCUGACUUAUUAUAACGGUGUAAAGAUCUUUUAUUACAUUCCCAUAUUACUCACUCUUGUUGACGCUGGCAUUUAUGUCAUUCGUCACUUUCGAUUCCGAAAUGGGCCAUUCAAGCGUGAUAUUUCCAUCAACGCUUUCUUUGCAGGACUCUGGCUAUCAUCCAGCAUUGCAAACCUAUACCCAACUUUCGAAGGUCACACCUACACGUGCGACAACAACUUACUCAUUCAAAACACAUCCUACGCCGAAGCCAUUACCCGCGAGUGCAACACCAAGGUGAUAAGCAUCUCAUUUGGUUGGAUAGUUUCCUGCCUCUUCUUCUUAACCACCUUUAUUGCCUACAAACUUUGGAUCGAGAGGAAGGAGAUGUACGAAGGUGAAAGAAGAGUUGAAAAGUUGGACGAGGUGAACUAUAAAUAUGUGCCCAAGCCCAACUUGAUGGUUCAAUUGGAUGAACCCGAGCAGAUAAUGACCUUCAAGACGUACUCAAAAUCCGAGUUGAAGAAAGGUCAAAGUUUACCCACCUUACAAUUGGUCACCUCACCAAGGAGCUCGUUCUCCGAUUAA